ACAAGCACAUACACAGAGAUAGAUGGGCGUUGUAGGAGGAGUGAUAUUGGACAAGUCAGUAGUGUUAGCAUCUAACUCUUCUCAACAUGAAAACCCAUCCUUGCAACCCGGUGCUGACUCUCUCCUCCGCAUGCUCCGCCAUUCCAAAAUCCCUACGGGGAUUUCCUAUGACGUGGGGCUCUCAGAUGAUAAGGUGAGUCUUCUGAAAAGGCUGGCAACCCUUUACUCGUUUGAUUGUUUUAUCUUGAAUGCAUCUUCUAUAGAUGAUGCUAAAAAUGAGAUUAUGCUAGCUUGGGGGGACACUGGAGGCAGUAUUUUGCACGUAGUUUCUGACAAGAAGAAGGAAUUCUUUCCGAAACUAAGCAAUUGCAGUUGGCUGAUCAUUGUUCUUAGAUCUCUUGGGCAAGAAUCAGCAGAUGUUAUUGAAGGCGGCAGUUCAUGUGAGAACUCAAGCAUGAUUUUUAUCAACAAGCUAGAAGAGUUGCCUUCAACUGUAUGCCACAUAAAUAGAAAGGUUUCAAAAGCAACUGGUAACAGUGUCGUGACUGUUGGAUAUGUUAUGAAACCUUCACGUGAAGAAGAUUUUGCUAAGAGGGGUGCAUUUCCUUUGUAUCCUACUCAAAAUGGGUUGAUAUUCAUGCCCCUCACCUUUGAGCUUCCUUUAUCACCUCAAUUACAAGAGGUUGACAUAGUUCUCCAUAAAGCAACUGAUGGAAUUAAAUCCAUUGAAUUGAAGAGCCGUACAAACUUCUCUAACAGAAUAGUUUACACCAGUGGCAUGCAGGACUUACAAAGAUAUUUGGAGGAUCACCCAGAUUGUUGUGUGAUUGAUUCAUUUAACAACAUCUACCCUGUGUUAGAUCGGCUGGAAAUUCAAGAAAUUCUACUUUGCUUGGAGGAUCUCAAAACUGAAGGCCGCUCUACAAUCAGGGGCCCCCGUUUCUUGAAGGUUGAUAGUUUCAAAGAACCUGAUUUGCUGCAAAGGCUGUCUGAAGCUAAAUUAUCUCUUCCAAGUAUAGUGAAGCCUCAAGUUGCAUGUGGUGUAGCUAAUGCUCACAAUAUGGCAAUCAUAUUCAGAAAUGAAGAUUUUAAGGACUUGAGUGUUCCUCUUCCAGCUGUUGUGCAGGAAUAUGUGGAUCAUUCAUCUACUUUGUACAAAUUUUAUGUCUUGGGUGAAAAAGUUUUCUAUGCAGUUAAAAAGUCUACACCAAAUGCUGAUAUCUUGAUGAAAUUAUCUGAAAGUAAUGGACUCAAACCUCUAGUCUUUGACAGCUUAAAAUCUCUUCCCACUGCCAAAGAAGACCAGCAUUAUGGUGAUGGUAAUUGUUCCAAGGCCACUAAUAGUUGUGUUGAUCUUGAUCUGGUUACAGACGCAGCAAAUUGGCUUAGGGGAGUGCUUGAUCUUACCAUCUUUGGCUUUGAUGUUGUUAUUCAGGAAGGCACUUGUGAUCAUGUCAUUGUGGAUGUAAAUUAUCUCCCAUCUUUUAAGGAAGUUCCUGAUGAUAUUGCAAUACCUGCCUUUUGGGAGGCUAUUAAGAAGAAAUUUGAAUUGAAAAGGUCAAAAUAAGCAACAAAAGCUCCUCUUUGACAAGACGAUCAGUGAAGACGGGGUUGAUCAUCACAUCUGUGUUAAAGAGACCAACCAUGAUCUGUUCAUUUUGGAAGUGAGAUAUAAGAUGUAUAUUCCUGUGAUUAUAUGUCAUAGCACCUUGGGAAGAAAUCUGAGCAAGAAAAAUAUCAUGUAAUCUUUCUCUUAGCACAAGUCCUUUUACUGCACCUUAUGUCUAGAAUCUUGUGUUAUUAUCAACAGUCCACGCUUCGCAAUUUGAACUUGCCAUGCAUGAUCUUUCUUUCUUUUUUUUCCCUGUAAUAUUCCUUUUGGAUAUGAAGUGCCUUUUUUUUGUUUGUUUGGGGGAGGGAACCUAUAUUUAGCUUCCUUCACUUUACCCACCUUAUGUGAUGUUCAUAACUAUGAUUUUAUUAAUGGAACAUCUUGUGUAAAGAUUGGACAUUUUUUAUGUAGUUGAUCAUGAUUUUUAACGUUUGUUCCUAUA